AUGAGGAAACUUAAUCGAACUUCUCACCUAGAAAUUUUUGCAGCGAAUUGGCACUUUUUAUGUUAUUCAUCAGAGAAGUCGAGGAAUCGUCAAAAGUGAAUCAAAACACAGAUGCCCAUAGGUUCAAAUGCAAUAAAAAACGUGUAAAUGACUUCAUCUCUAUAAAUAAGGCGUUUAUUUUUGAACAACUAAGUCGCAAGGGCAGCUUUUACCUUAUCCUUCUCUGAGGGUACCUAAAAUCGGAAAACAUCAAAUAAAAAAUCCAACUUACACAAAAAUCAAGUGGGCGAGUGCUCCCAAGGGUCAGAAAAACCCUGAUCUAGCUACUCGCAUGCGGGUUUGACCAUCCAUUAUCAGCUUUCCGGUCCAAAAACUCAUCUUUCUUCACCUGCACCUAAAAUAAAGUCAAACAUUAAAUUGAUAAAAAUAAAUCGAUAAAUCUGACAUCCAGUUCGCUCAAAGAUUGAUUUCAAGACUCUAACUGCCGUACUAAACUGAACAGAUCACUUCUUUUCACCCUACUUUAGCCUAAUCCGAAAGAAGGAAGUUUCCCAACACUUUUCAUCGUAUAAAAUCUCCCCUUCCCCGCAAGAGCUCUUUCUUCGGGCGCGCUUGCGCAAUUUCCAAUAAACAAGAAAAUUAUUUUUCUCCACCAAAUUUGACGAAAGAUGGUCGAAUUUCUUGGAAAAUACAUCAAAUAAUUGGUGAAUAUUGUUAUACAGACAAAAAGUAAGUGCUUUUCGUACUUUAUUUCAUACUUUUAGGCUCUUUUCCUCACUCUGGAAGCUGCUUCUUCCAAAAUGGCCAAUCAAUACCGCGCUUUUUUGCGGGGUUUCGCAAGAUUUCGCCGAUUUUCGUCGCAAUCUCAACAAGAGUUUUAUCAAAACUCGAAUAGAAGAUAUAGAACGAUGUGUUACGCAAUUCCAACAACAAUUAUUGGCGCAACAGUCGGAGUUUCAACAGCUUUUUGUGCCGAGACGGAUGUUUACUACGACUCGCAUCCAAUCCCGAAAAGACUCGAGAGAUUCUCCAAAUUUGCCUCGGUGGAGUACAACGGGGUAGUGUACAUGACACCACAGGAUCUGUUGGACAGUUUGGUGCUGGAUGAACCUAGAGGUAACGGGUUUAUAUUACUUUAGAUUUUGACUUUUAGGUUUAAGGUAUCUUUGGAGAAAAAAUUGAUCACAGCUUGGUCCAUAAGUUAGGUAGAUGUCUGAAAUUUGAAUAUUACGAGUUUCUGAUCUGUUUAAAGUUAUAGAACGUUAAACAUGCCGAUUAAAUUUUGUUUUCAAUCAGAAUUUCAAAAACAUUAUACUGGGUGUGCCUAAAAUUUUUUUUUUUUUUUUUGAUACCUCCUUGCCCUUGAGAUAAUUCCAAUGUCAUGUUAUCUCCUAAUUGACAUUAUAAACCUUUCAGAACGAGUUUUCCGCAACGUUUUGGAGAAGCGCGACGUUGAAAGGAUGUUACGACUAACACCGGCUCUAAAGAAGGGAACCAAGGACAUGUUUCGAAGUCUUGGCCAUAAUGGGAUCAUUUCUUAUGCUGAAUACUUAUUUCUACUGACUUUAUUGACCAGUGAGUGCUUUUGGAAAUUUUUGGCUUCAGUUUUAGGCGUGUGUAGAUUUAGUACAGGGGAAUUUUGGUUAGUCUGGAAAUCAAAAGGUUGCGGGUUCGAAUCCCGGUGGACAAAAGAAAUUUUUUUUGCUUGUUUUACCUGGAAUGAAGGGACUUUUUGGAUUGAAAAUGGUAUAAAAAAGUCUGUCGCACAUUCUCACAUUGUUUUAGCAUCUAUUAUUGAAUUUUUUUACCAAUUUUUAAUGGAUUAUAUUGUUUUAGAGUCCCAUUCCUCAUUUAAAGUGGCAUUUUCGAUUUUUGACGACGACGGCAAUGAGAAAAUUGAUAAAGAGGAAUUUCUCAAGGUGAGUCAAGUCAUUUUAUAACAAAAACUUCCGUAAUCUUUUUUCAAUCUUGCUUGAAAUAUCAAAAAUUUAAAGUUUUUACAUUAUUGGUCAAUGUUUUUGUAAAAUACAACUGGUUCAAUUGUAGCUCGCUUCUAAAAAAGGUUACGGUAGUUUUUCCCCGCAUUGUGUUUGCACCAUUAACCAGGAGAUUCGAUUUUUUGUGCCCGCUUCUCUCCUAACCCCGCUUAAAAUUUUGUUUUGCUUGAAGUGGAGGCUGUUAACCGAGUAAUACUGUAAUUAGUGAGCUUAUUGUUGUAAAAUGCGGCGACAGAGUGGAUAGUUUUAAUAUUUUGGACCUUAUCCAUCAGUUAAAAAGUGAAUUUUUGCGAAAAGAUUUACAAGGAAAGUACCUCCGUGACUUGUGGAGUUAGAGGCCGGCACAUAUAUCAAGAAAAUCGCAAAAUUUUCCUGAUUCGGAAUAUGUAAAAAUUUGCUGCCCAAUUUUGGUUUGUAAGGGCGAAAAAACCCUCAGAACUUUUCUCGCAACACCACGCAAAUGCCUUUUUGACCAAGUUUUUACCAAUUCAAAAGCUUUGUUUUGAACUAAAGUAAACCCUGGAAUCUUGACAAGCCUUCAAAUAUCAAAUUUGAUUACAGUGAAGGACCUGAUCCAGUGGCAAAAAACGCAUCCGGGAAGCAUCAAAAUUGUGGCAAAAUGCUUCCCACUCCAAGUGAAAAAACUUCGUUUUGAAGGGCCCUUUCCCUCACAAAAAGAGCGGGCGCGCUUUUGAGAUCGGAGUUUUUGACUUGGAAAGGGAGAUAUUUUGCCACAUUUUUGAUGUUUCCCGGAUGCAAAAUGGUACGUUUUUUCCCACUGGAUCAGGUCCUUCACUGUAAUCAAAUUUGAUAUUUGAAGGCUUGUCAAGAUGCCAGGGUUUACUUUCGUUCAAAACAAAGCUUUUGAAUUGGUAGAAACUUGGUCAAAAAGGCAUUCGCGUGGUGUUGCGAGAAAAGUUCUGAGGGUUUCUUCGCCCUGACAAAGGAAAAUUGGGCAGCUAAGUUUUACGUAUUCUGAAUCAGAAAAAUUUUGCGAUUUUCUUGAUAUAUGUCCCGGCCUCUAACUUCAUGCCCCCAUAGAGGUAUUUUUCCUGAGUUUUGCGGGUGUUUGUGGGUAAAACACGGUAUUGGAAGGCUGUAUACUGGUUUGUAAAUAAAAUGACGCGUGAUUUGUCCCGUUGUACCACCGAAAUUUAGAUCCGUUCGUUGGUCAUGGCCAAAAAUAAGGUCGGAGUUGACGCCCUCCAACUGGAAGAAGCUGUAAGUUGGGGCGCUGCGGAUGAAUUUGGAACUGAAUUUCAGCUCAUGAAGGCCAGAAUCGGACUGGAUUCGGCUGCCUUGCCUAUGGCUAUGGACGUCUGUGACAUUGCGAAUAUGGACCAAAUCCAAGCGGUAAAAAUGCAGAUUUCUUGAGGAUUUUGAUGUUGUAGCUUGGGUAAAAGUGUUGUAAAAGUAGUGUAAUAGCACUGUGGUUGUAGUAGUAGUCGUUCAAAGUUAGUCAGGCUACUGUAAUUUUGAGAUUUUGCGAUUUUUCCCGGAAAAUCGGGUUUUUAUCCAAUUUUUCCCCGGUAAGGCUUCAUUUUGUCGUAUUUUGGUGAAUAUUUGAGUAAAAUAUUGUAGAAUAUGAACCGUAGUGUCUUUCCUAUCAAGUUUCGACCUGAAAUAACCAGGAAAGCACGCUUUUUCCAUCUACUUUUCCCCUAAAUGGCAUGUGUAAUAUACAAAUGAUAGAAAUUUGUCUAUGAAACAGCGCCAGAUCUUUCCUCUAAUCCAUCGCACCAAUCUAUCUCCUGAUUAUGUUGUUUUGUGUUCGAUGGUUGAGUUGUUUUGCGAUUCGGACCUAAAAAACCCCGAUUUUAGUUCGAGGAACUGAUCACUUGGAGACGACGCCAGAAAAUCGUCAAAGAUAUACUGGAUCAGAAUGCCGAAACGGUUUGAAAUGGAGGGAGGGGUUGUAAAAAAGACUGGGAAGAAUGUUUUGGUAUUUUGAGGGGUUUGGGGGAAUUUGACGAAAUGUCACAAAAUUUAUUGGAUUUUUGAUACGUUUAUUGUAUGAGGAAUCUUAAAAAUAGUGAGGUGGUAAAAGUUAGAUUGUUAUAAAAAUGCGUAGUGGACGUUUUUGUCCCCACCCCGGUUUUGUCCCCAAGGCGGUUUUGUCCCCAGGACGUUUUUGUCCCCACUUUUUUCGAGCCUUUUUGUCCCCAAACCGGUUUUGUCCCCAGGACGGUUUUGUCCCCAAGACGUUUUUGUCCCCACUUUUUUUAUUUUUUUGUCCCCACACCGGUUUUGUCCCCAGGACGUUUUUGUCCCCAAGCUGCAUAGUGCGAUUAAAAAUUAUGCAUUCAAAUGUUAAUGCUGUUGGUUUGGAGCCCAGUAUUGCUCAAACAACAUGUUCUUAGCGCUUGGUACUGUAUAGUACGAGGUGGUACUAUAUAGCACGAGAUAAAAAUUAAGACAUAACACGUCAAUGCUAUGGGUUUGAAGCCCAGUACUUCUCAAAAAUGUGUUUUAGCACAUGGUACUAUAUAGCACGAAUUUGUUUUUGCACAAAAUGAACGUUUGAUCAGUACUGCAUACCAAAACAACGUCAUUCACGCGUUAUAGCUUAAUUUUCACCUCGUGCUAUAUAGUACCACCUUGUACUAUACAGUACCAAGCGCUAAGAACAUGUUGUUUGAGCAAUACUGGGCUCCAAACCAACAAUUAACAUUUGAAUGCAUAAUUUUUAAUCGCACUAUGCAGCUUGGGGACAAAAACGUCCUGGGGACAAAACCGGUGUGGGGACAAAAAAUAAAAAAAGUGGGGACAAAAACGUCUUGGGGACAAAACCGUCCUGGGGACAAAACCGGUCUGGGGACAAAAAGGCUCGAAAAAAGUGGGGACAAAAACGUCCUGGGGACAAAACCGUCUUGGGGACAAAACCGGGGUGGGGACAAAACCGGGCCCAAUCAUAAAAAUGGAGUUAGCCAUUUUUGUGGACGAAAUGCCACAAAUUUUAUUGAUUUUAACGAAAUGUCAAAGGAUUUAUUGAUUUUUUUAGAAAAUGCUUAAAGAAGCAAUAAAAAGUUUUUUAUGCUGUUAAUAGGCGUUUUUUAGGAUGAAACUGACUGUAAACGACAGGAUACAACGAUUUUAUUGCACCUUUUUGGGCCAAAGGGGCGAAAUAGCAUCAGCUUUGACCAGUUUGAAAUGUAGGCGAAAUUUCCAAUAGUAAAAUGUGUUGUUUGUAAAAUACGCCGUAUUUUUCGACUACAAGAUUUAGGUUCUACAAUAAUCUGCAAAGAGAACUGAUCGAAAUUGAGUUUUCGGAAUUUGCCCGAGGCAAAAAUGAAAUUGCGGCCGUGGAUUUCGCCAAGUUGGUCUUGAGAUAUUCGCUGGUGUCGGAGGCCAAAUAUGAAGAGCAUCUGAGAAGAGUUGCCAACAGGGUUUCGCUCCGGGAUCCGGUAAGAUUUUUUGGAUUAUUUUUGAGUUUUUAGGGAAGAAAGUGUAUGUUUGGUCGGAAAAUUGGGGGUUCCCAGAAUGCGAGGAGAGUUUUUAUUGGGGUAAAAUACGAUGUUGGAAAUUUCGAUAUAAAAUUUUAAUAAUUUUUUUACAUCUUUAGACAAAAAUUUGAUUUUUUAUUCUUUAGUGUCAUGUAUAAUAUGAAUUAAUUAAAAAACUUUCUAUAGGGGAUCACAUUGGACCAGUUCCAACAAUUCUCGAAGUUCCUGAACAAUUUGGAAGACUUCUCGAGAGCAGUUCGCCUCUAUGUUACAGCUGAUAUCCCGGUUUCAAGAAAAGAAUUUGUAAGGGCCGUAAGAUGCUCCACUGGCCUGGAGUUGAGCGAACAUUUAGUCGACGUCAUUUUCAAGAUCUUUGACAAUGAUAACGACGGAAACUUGUCAUACAAUGAGUUCAUCGAUAUUAUGAAUGAUCGACUUCAUAGAGGAUUUAAAGUGAGAUUUUUGGAGGUUUUGAAUUGAAUUUUUUGUUAUUUUUAUAGUUAAUAGCAGUUUUUAUAGUGUGUAUUUUAUUUUUGAAUGAUUUUUCCGCAGAAAACUUGAGUGUGCACGGUGCAGAAGCGAAAAUUGCGAUUUGCACUGUGCGUUGAAAAAAGUUUUUGAUUUGCACGGUGCAGCGGGAAAAAAAGGAUUGUAAAUGGAUGUAGGGUUCACGAGAGUAGUCUGUUGAUUAAUUAUCAUAACAAAUUUUGGCAGUUGCAAGCUUUUUUGAUCGAUUUUUGACCAAAUUUUUCCAUUGCACGGUGCGACAGAUAAAAUUAAAAAUUUCGCACUGUGCGGAGGCAACCAAUUAAAAAUUAUAUCAUAAAAACUUUUGUAGGGUCAUUUUCUUACUAUGUGAUAUAAUUUUUUUUGUGAAUGCCCCUGCACGGUGUAUUUGUAGACUUUCGAAAUUUUGCACUGUGCAAAAUACGAAAUUUUUUUUGCACUGUGCAGAUCAAAAAAAAGUUUUUUUUUUUUUUUUGAAGUGUGUAGGUUUUGAAAGUAGAAAUAAAUGACCGUAUUUUAGAACCAAACGCGCGGUAGCGACCCCUCGCAAUGGCAAAUGUUCAAAGAUUGCAUCUUCAGAGAGAUGACGGUGAAUAAAUAA